AGCCGAUCAUCAAGCCUGUAAAACACAGGCGUUUUGCUUUGAUGGAGCAGGAGCUGCCAGCAACAGUUUAUGACAUGGAAUUUCUUGCAGAUCUGAUGGACGGUCCCGAACUGAUCCGAAACGUCACUCUCUGUGGUCACCUUCAUCACGGCAAGACGUGUUUUGUAGAUUGUCUGAUUGAGCAGACACACCCAGAAAUCAGGAAGAGAGAUGAUGUGGAUCUCCGGUACACAGACAUCCUCUUUACAGAGCAGGAGAGAGGAGUCGGCAUCAAAAGCACUCCUGUCACGAUGGUCCUGCCCGACUCCAGAGGAAAAUCCUAUUUGUUCAACAUCAUGGAUACUCCAGGUCACGUGAACUUCUCUGACGAGGUCACGUCAAGCAUGAGGAUCUCAGACGGCGUCGUCCUCUUCAUCGAUGCAGCAGAGGGAGUGAUGCUGAACACGGAGCGCCUGAUCAAACACGCCGUUCAGGAGCGCAUGGCCAUCACCAUCUGCAUCAACAAGGUGGACCGACUCAUCGUGGAGCUCAAGCUGCCCCCCACCGAUGCGUAUUAUAAACUCCGUCACAUUGUGGACGAGGUCAACGGUUUGCUCAGCACGUACUCCACAGACGAGAACCUGGUGGUGUCCCCCCUCCUCGGGAACGUCUGCUUUGCCAGCUCUCAGUACAGCAUCUGCUUCACUCUGGGAUCCUUUGCGAAGAUCUACUCCGACACCUACGGAGACAUCAACUAUAAUGAAUUUGCCAAGAGACUCUGGGGAGACAUUUACUUCAAUCCCAAAACUCGUAAGUUCACUAAGAAAGCUCCCAGCAGUAACUCUCAGCAAUCCUUCCCCAAAUCCUCUUUGCUGCAGGUUGUCGGGGAUGUGGACACAUCUCUGCCCCGAGUUCUGGAUGAGCUGGGGAUCCACCUGUCGAAGGAGGAACUGAAGCUGAACAUCCGACCUCUGCUGAGGCUGGUCUGCAACCGCUUCUUUGGAGAAUUCACCGGUUUUGUGGACAUGUGUGUGCAACACGUCCCAUCGCCACAAGAGGGCGCCAGGACGAAGAUAGAGCACACCUAUACUGGCGGUCUGGACUCAGACCUGGGGGAGGCCAUGGCAGAAUGUGACCCUGAAGGUCCUCUGAUGUGCCACACCACUAAAAUGUACAGCACCGAGGACGGAGUGCAGUUCCACGCGUUCGGACGGGUUCUGAGUGGUACCAUUCAGGCGGGUCAGCCCGUUAAAGUUCUGGGGGAGAACUACUCACUGGAGGAUGAGGAGGACUCUUCGGUCUGCACCGUCGGCCGCCUCUGGAUCUCCGUUGCCAGGUACCAAAUCGAGGUGAAUCGGGUCCCAGCAGGAAACUGGGUUCUCAUCGAAGGCUGUGACCAGCCGAUCGUGAAGACGGCCACGAUCACGGAACCCAGAGGGAACGAAGAGGCUCAAAUCUUCAGGCCGUUAAAGUUCAACACAGCCUCGGUUAUCAAGAUCGCAGUGGAGCCGGUGAACCCCUCAGAGCUGCCGAAAAUGCUGGACGGCCUGAGGAAGGUCAACAAGAGCUACCCGUCGCUGACCACAAAGGUGGAAGAGUCUGGAGAGCACGUCAUCCUGGGAACUGGAGAACUGUACCUGGACUGUGUGAUGCACGACCUGAGGAAGAUGUACUCUGAGAUCGACAUUAAAGUACGGACAUUUACACCUGCUAUAAAGCACAUUAACCCUUAAAAGGCCUCCAUGACAA